AUGGCCACUUGCAACGUUUCCGUGGAGUUCUGGUGCGAAUUCGGGGCCACGGAGCUGAAGUACAAGCAUAGCAUCCCGAAGACGCUCGUGACGCAGUGCACUGUUCCUACAGUGGAUAAGGCCGAUCCUACGGGAGCACGAGGCAGCGUGUCGGAAGGCAGCAGGGUGCGCUGCGAGAGCUGCGGCGGACUCGCAAAGGAGAUUCUACAGAGCCCGAUAUCGUACCUACACGCAGAGAGGCCGUUUGUGCUCGUGGUCGUGUCGUCGUUCUGCGGCAAAGAAGGAUGCGAAAUUAGGACGAGGCAGGAAAUGCAGGACACGAUGGCAGAGGCGGGGCAGGCGGGCGGAAACAAGGGCGCGACGCAAAUGCAAGGGCAGGAUGCGCAGAGCACAGAGGGGAAGGUCUGCCGGGUUUGUGGAGAGAUGGCGGGGGCGAGGAGGUGCAGCCGAUGCCUGACGGUGGCGUACUGCAGCAGGCAACACCAAAAGGAGGACUGGAAGGUGCACAAGAAGGGAUGCAAGCCAAAGGCAAGCUAG